AUGGGAGAGAACGGGGCGAUGGAGCGGCCCGCGAAGAAGGCGAAGGUCGAUUUCGAUGUCUCUCAGCACGCCUCGGUGGUCGUGCUCGACUAUGGGUCCCAGUACACCCAGCUGAUCGCCCGGCGCGUCCGCGAAUUGUCGUGUCUGUCGGUCCUGCUGCCGGGGGACGCGUCCAUGGAGCGCAUCGCGUCGCACAAGCCCCGCGUCAUCAUCCUCUCCGGCGGCCCGAACUCCGUCCACCUCGAGGGCGCCCCGCGCGUCCCGGACGAGUUCUUCGAGUAUUGCCGCGAGCACUCGGUUCCGGUCCUGGGCAUCUGCUACGGGAUGCAACUGAUCGUGCACAUGCUGGGCGGCGAGGUGGUGGCCGCGACGGACGGCGGGGAGUACGGCAAGAUGAACAUCCACUGCUCGAAGGACUCGGUGCUGUACGGCGACAUGGACGGCAAGCAGCUGGUGUGGAUGUCGCAUGGCGACGAGGCCGUGCGCCUGCCCGAGGGCUUCCUCGCGGUGGCCAAGUCGGAGCAGGGCGCGAUCGUGGCGAUCGAGAACCCGAAGAGGAAGAUCUUCGGGCUGCAGUACCACCCGGAGGUCAUGCACAGUGUGCGUGGAAAGGAGACCCUGCGGCGCUUCCUGUUCGACGUGUGCUUGAUGCGCGGGGACUGGAGCAUGGAGAGCGUGCUGGAGGAGCAGCUGCGUCUCCUGAAGGACCAGGUGGGGGAGAACGACCACGCGAUUUGCGCGCUGUCCGGCGGCGUUGACAGCACCGUCGCGGCGACGCUGGUGCACCGCGUCCUCGGCGACCGGCUGCACUGCGUUUUCGUCGACAACGGCCUGCUGCGGUACAAGGAGCAGGAGCGCGUCAAGGCGACCUUCGUCGACCACCUGCACCUCCCCGUGACCACCGUCGACGCCACCGACCGCUUCCUGUCGAAGCUCAAGGGCGUCUCGGACCCCGAGAAGAAACGCAAGAUCAUUGGGACCGAGUUCAUUGGAGUAUUCAAGGACUACGCGCACGAGCUGGAGGCGAAGCUCGGGGUGCACCCGCGCUUCCUGAUCCAGGGCACGCUGUACCCCGACGUCAUCGAGUCGUGCCCCCCGCCCGGCAAAGGCCAGAAGCACUCGCACACCAUCAAGAGCCACCACAACGUCGGGGGGCUGCCCGCCGAGCUCGGGUUCGAGCUGCUCGAGCCCCUGCGCGAGCUGUUCAAGGACGAGGUGCGCGAGCUGGGCCGCCUUCUGGGAGUGCCUGAACAGUUCAUCAAGCGCCACCCCUUCCCGGGGCCCGGGCUGGCGGUGCGCGCCCUCGGGGACGUGACCGAGGACAAGAAGCUCGACGUCCUGCGCCGCGCGGACGAGAUUUACUGCUCGGCGCUGCGUGAGUUCAACUUGUACGACGAGAUUUGGCAGGCGUUCGCCGUCUUCAUCCCGUGCAAGACCGUCGGCGUGCAGGGCGACCAGCGGACGCACAGCUACGUGAUCGGGCUGCGCGCGGUCACGUCCGGCGACGGGAUGACCGCGGACUGGUACCCGUUCAAGCCCGACUUCCUGCGAGAGGUGUCGACGCGCAUCUGCAACCAGAUUCGCGAGGUCAACCGCGUCGUGUACGACAUCACGUCCAAGCCGCCUGGCACCAUUGAGUGGGAGUGA